CAAACAAACAUGGGCUCGUGUUCAUAAAACAAAAGCAUCAAGACGGGAGCCCACGAAAGCCACAAGCAAGAGAUUAAAGGCACCAGCAGUCGUGUUAAGGGCAGCGAGUCACCUGAGCAGCAGACUUUCAUCUUAGGCGGCCAGCAGGUCUCUGAUUGGAGAUGUGGCAGCACUUAGUCGUAAGCAUGGCUCUGUUGUCCGCCACAACAGCAAUUUGUCACCCAGCUGAGAGAGAGCGGGCCAGGCAGGGGGCCUCGAUCUUUGCCGAUUUAAGUGCACAGGAAUUGAAAGAGGUGAAAAACUUUUUGUUUUCGCGUCCAGAUCUACGUCUCUCUUCAGUGAGGGAGGAAAACCUAAAGAAAAACAGCAUUUUCUUGAUUGAGUUGCACGUUCCCAAGAAGAGUGAGGCUCUCAGAGCGCUGGACAAAGGCCAUGAGAAGCCAGUACGCCAGGCCAGAGUAGUCAUUCAGUUCGGCGACCAGCCUCAUCCAAACAUCACCGAGUAUAUUGUUAGUCCACUACCCAAUCCCACUUGCUUGAAACCUCGAACCUUUAAAUCAAAGCAGUCCAUUAAGUUUGAAUCAAGGCCUAUCAGCUUAGUGGAGUACAAACAUUUGACGAAAACCCUAAAAGAGGUCACAGAAAAAGCAUACCGAAUCUUGAUGGAAAGCUCUGGAUUUUCCUUCCACAACUGUACUGACAGAUGCCUGACUUUCUCCGACAUUGCCCCACGUGGUGUGGAGUCAGGAGAGAGGCGGACCUGGAUAAUGCUGCAGAAGUUCGUUGAAGGCUACUUCAUUCACCCAGUAGGAUUUGAAGUCAUGAUCAACCACAAAUCCUUGGAUCCGUCUGAGUGGUUUGUAGAAAAGGUCUGGUACAACGAGCAGUACUUUGACAGUGUGGAGGAACUCGUUGAGAAAUAUGAGAGGGGGGAGGUUCGGAAGGUCAAGCUUGGUGAACAUAAUGAUGAAGACCUCUUCUCCACCUAUAUACCCCGUGGUGAGAGAAACACUCCAAACAACAUCCAUGGGCCCAAGACGGUGCUACCUCAGGGACCACGGUAUCGAGUGGACAACAAUUUUGUUGAAUAUGCAGGCUGGUCGUUUGCAUUUCGUGUACGCUCCAGUGCAGGCCUACAACUGUUUGACAUUCGCUUCAACGGAGAAAGAAUAGCCUACGAGAUCAGCCUCCAGGAGGCGUUGGCCUUCUAUGCCGGAAGCUCACCUGCCGUCAUGCAAACAAAAUAUAUUGACGCCGGCUGGGGAAUGGGAACUGUGGGCUAUGAGUUGGCUCCUGGUAUAGACUGUCCCGAGGUUUCUACCUUCAUCGACCUUUAUCAUUUCUAUGACACAAAUCACCCAGUUCGCUACAAGAAUGCCCUUUGUAUCUUUGAGAUGACGACCAACACUCCUUUGCGAAGGCACUACAAUAACAACUUCAGAGGCGGCUACAACUUUUAUGCCGGCCUGGAGAACACCGCUCUAGUCAUUCGGACCACCUCAACCGUUUAUAAUUAUGACUACAUCUGGGAUUUCUACUUUUAUCAGAAUGGGGUGGUGGAGUCUAGAGUCAGUGCAACCGGAUACAUUCACUCCCAAUUCUUCACUUCUGACGGUGUGAACUAUGGUAACAAGGUGUACAGCUACGUCCUGGGGAAUCUGCACACCCAUCUGGUCAACUACAAGGUUGACUUAGACGUAGCAGGAAGACAGAACAGUUUUGAAAGCCUGUCACUAAAAUAUGAGAAUAUUACCAAUCCGUGGAGUCCUUCUCACUUCAUUGUGCAAUCAAAGCUCCAUCGUACUCAACAUGAGAAAGAGAGGCACGCUGCGUUCCCUUUUGGCAAGACACUUCCCAGAUACCUUCACUUCUACAACCCAAAUCAAAAGAACCGGUGGGGUCACUACAAAGGAUACCGUAUCCAGUUCAACUCUCAUGCAUACAGCGUCCUCCCCAAGGGCUGGAAAGAAGAGAAAGGUGUCACCUGGUCAAGAUAUCCCUUGGCAGUGACACGGUAUCGGGACAGCGAGAUGACAAGCAGUACCAUCUAUUGUCAAAAUGACCCUUGGGAGCCAGUGGUGCACUUUGAAGACUACAUCCGAAACAACGAGAACAUUGUGAAUGAGGAUUUGGUUGCCUGGGUAACCGUCGGCUUCCUGCAUAUCCCCCACUCGGAAGACAUCCCAAACACGGCCACCCCCGGGAAUGCAGUUGGAUUCUUUCUGCGGCCCUUUAACUUCUUCGAUGAGGACCCCUCGGUGGCUUCCAAGAGCACGGUCAUUGUCCGGCCACAUAAAGACAGCUUCACGAAACUAAACACACAGCGGUGGACGCCUGAAGUUGUGGGCCACUGUGUGUCCGACAAGCCAUUUUACUACAAUGGCACUUAUUAUGAAGUUUAGGAGGGCUAAAGUUUGGGCUGGUGCUGUGUGUUUGUACUCUUUUUCUUGUUUUAUAUAUUUUGUUUACAUUUUUACAGUACAAUUUGCAUUGGGCCUACAAGUUUAGGUUUUGUUUGUCUGGAGAGAAAAAAAUCAUGAACAUGGCACUGGACUUCUCAUUUUGUAACAUCACUAAAGAUGGCAUCUUCUCCUCAGGCGUCCAUCAGUUGUGUGGGAGGCUGAUGUGAGUGAGGCCUGAGAAAUGUAGUAGCGUCUCCGUCAUUUGGUGUGUACAUCCUUUUGUUAAGUUGUUUAUGAAGUCUAAUAGAAACUUUUCUUUUCACGCAAUAUAAGCUUCUCCUCUACUGCUAAUAAAAAUAUUCUUAUAAAGUAAUUAAU